AUGAGGCCAUACAGUUUUCCCAAAUGGAGAUCUACAGACGCUCUGUCUGCUUCACUAGUUGCCUCCAAUAGUGUUGAUGUUCCGAAAGACAGCAUAAUUCCCGAGAAAAGACUGCAAAAGAUGCGAGAAACGGAUCAAGAGGCUGCAGUGCAAAAGGCACUGAUCCAUGAGCAAGCUGAACCUCCUCGACGUAUUCGCAAAGGAAAGAGCUUAGAUUCGCUUGUCAUCAAAGUCGACUAUACCCCAUGGUAA